AUGGUUAAAAAUGAAACAGGUAUGGCAGGAAAAACAGCAGCAUACAAGUCACUGCAAGCUUUUCAAGGAGAUCUAUAUAUUAGUUCAAGGGUUGCCAUAAAAGCCACAGGCAAAAAAUUAUAUACUGUACCGGAUUUUUUGGUUUAUGUGGUUCCAUAGAAUUGGAAAGGUAUUGCAGAUUUACUGUGCGGUCUGCUUUCAAGACACCCCCAAUUUAAAAUGGUGGCUAAAAUGUAAUUUCCCUUACAGUUCUGACACGGUCAAAGAGACUUGAAGGGGAAGUGAAUCAUGUUUGUUGUUGUGUUAGCUGUGUGCUACCAUGGCAAAGACUAAAUGCAACAUAUGGCAGGUACAUUACUGAUAAAAGUACUAGAUGGGAAGUGUGCCCUUCCUUCAACAUUUUCCCCAGGUGUAAUGUGCAAUGAUGAUUCAUGUUAGUCAGAAUACACAAACCAGUACAACAAAUAAAUAAAUAAAUAUGCCAAAAUUAAUAAGCAAUAUUCCAAAAUUAAUAAGAAUUUAUUUCAUAUCAGUGGAAGGUGGCAUAUUAUGACAUGAACUAAAUAAAUAUUCAGCUGUAUGCUACAUGAAAAUAAGAGUAAAAAUCAGAGCUUAUUCUAAGCAACCCUUAAGCCAUUGACUUUUCACAAAUUCUGUAGCCAGACUGCUCUAUUUGUAUCUGGCAAAAUAUGCAGCGCUUCAUGUCGCUAGUGUAGCAUGGUUACAUUUUUUACAUGUUAGAAGUGUCUAAAUUUUUAGUCUUUUCUGUAGAAACCAUUUGUUAUAGAUGUGCAUCCUCUUUAGCUGAAGCUAUACAGUGGUAUCUCGGGUUAAGAACUUAAUUCGUUCUGGAGGUCUGUUCUUAACUUGAAACUGUUCUUGACCUGAAGCACCACUUUAGCUAAUGGGGCCUCCUUCCGCCGCUGCGCCGCCGCUGCACGAUUUCUGUUCUCAUCCUGAAGCAAAGUUCUUAACCUGAGGUAAUAUUUCUGGGUUAGUGGAGUCUGUAACCUGAAGCGUAUGUAACCCGAGGUACCACUGUACAGUGGUGCCCCGCAAGACGAAUGCCUCGCAAGACGAAAAACUCACUAGACGAAAGGGUUUUGCAUUUUUUGAGUCGUUCCGCAAGACGAAUUUCCCUAUGGGCUUGCUUCGCAGGGCGAAACGUCUUGCGAGUUCUUGCGAGUUUGUUUCCUUUUUCUUAAAGCCGCUAAGCCGCUAAUAGCCGCUAAGCCGCUAAUAGCCGUGCUUCGCAAGACGAAAAAACCGCAAGACGAAGAGACUCGCGGAACGGAUUAAUUUCGUCUUAUCCGUCUUGCGAGGCACCACUGUAUGUUGCUCCUUCCCCUUAAGGUUGUGCUCAUUGAUGUAUGAUGCAUAGAAAUGUCUGUGAUAUUUGCAAAUACCUCCGUUAAUAUGUUGCUCUUUUUCCAGCAGCCUGUAUAAUUUUUGCAACACUUGUAUCAUUGGUUAUUUGUACUGCUUGGCUUCUGACACAGGGCAUGUAAGGUGGGGAGCACAAUCCACAUCUGUUUUCUGCUGCAUCUGACAACAUUUUAGUGUCUCAGUUACAUAUAUACUGUUCAGUCUAAUUCUACUAGAUUAUACAGGCUUGGGUUUCAGCAAGCAAAGCAAAACACUGCUUGAAAUAAACUUCCAACAAUUGUUCCUGCUCCUAACUUGCCUAUGUUUUAAAUGUGUGUGUACUGAAAUUGCCCUAUUGCAUGACCAUGACAGGGCUUUUUAAAUAAUUUGUAUGUCUUGCACCCUGAUCCUGUAGUUUUUUGGAAGUAAUUCUCACUAAAUGAACUGGUGCCAAUUUAAGAUUGUGGGUGCCUAUUUAAUAUUACUACAUAUGGCAUGUGUGUGCCACAUUGGUGGUUGUUACUACAGAAUCAAUUAUUGAAGUGUGUGUGUCCAUCCAUCUUGUGUGUGUUAGAAUAACCUUUUAGAUAAUGUUUUGAACAUUAACAUUCUGAGAAUGUAUUAUUUGUACAAUAAUAAUAUGGUAUGAUCUUUGAUAAGCUGUUACAAGACUAGGUUAAUCCUGAAAGGUUAUGAGAUAAGAUAUAGUUUUGGUUCUCUUGGUGUAUUAUCUCUGCCAGGAACUGGACGGAGGGAGUAUGUCACAGUCACUGUUGAUUCUACUCAACCUCUUUGUAGCUUUGCAUACCAUCACAUGCUAUGUUUCUGGACCGGAUGGCUGUGAUGAAACUUUGGAGCCUGUUUUAUGGUUGUUCUGGUCCUACUUGGUGGGGCAGUUCCUGAAAAUGGUGCUGGGGCAACUCCUGUUCAGUGCCUUGGCUACUGACCUAUGGUGUCCCUCAAGUUUCAACUUGUCCUCCAUGGUAUUUAACAUCUACAUGAAACCACUGGGUGAGUUUAUCCAGGUCUGGAGGGUUCAGUAUCACCAAUAUGCAGAUGACACCCUAAUCUAUAUCUUGUUUCCAUCUAAUUUCAAUGAAGUUGUUCAAAUUCUAAGUCCAAACCCAAUGGGCGUGUUGAGGGCAAAUAAACUGAAUUUCAAUCUGCAAAAAAAGAGGUUCCCACAGUCAUAAUUUGGAUGCAUUCUUCGAUUCAGCCCGGAACUUGUAAAACCAGUUUUGAACAGUGACCAGGAGUAUUUGCCCAGGUAUGACUACUGUUUCCAUUCUUAGAUGUCAGAUCUAGCCAUGGCAACACAUGCCUUGGUUAUAUUGUUAGGACAGCUGUAACCACUAGUUCUGUAUUUGAAGAGUGUUUGAAAACCUCAGCUGCUUCACAGUACUGUAGCCAGACUAUUGACCAGAGCCUGCCAUAGACAGCACAUGUUACAAUAGCUUAAUAAGCUACCUGUUUAUUUCUGGGCACAAUUCAAAGUGCUGACAUUUGAAUAACAUUUCGUGGAAACUCAAGAGAACACUUUUGUGCCUGUUCCCUCUGUAACUGUGUUCAGGAUUGCAGCCUAAGUAAAUAUAUUUAGAUCGUAUUUCAUAAAAUGAUAUUAAAAUAUUUGUGGAUAUUUAUUCUAAGAUUCCUGUGAAAUGUUUAUAAAUUGUUUGUAUUAGUUCAUUUCAGUGUGAGAGAAUAGUUCAGGCCCAACAGUUAAGGAAAUAGUUUAAUUUGGUGCUCAUUAAUUACUAGUAUUUCAGUUUUGUGGUCUACAAACUGCAAAAGGGUGCAAUCUUGGCACACUCUGUGACAGGCAGGCGACUCCAGGAAUAUCAACUGGCCAUCACUACUGAUUAAUCAAGUUAAUUCAGCUAUACACAGCGUCUUGAGAGAUGAUAAUCUCAGCACAAUGGCACUACCAUAGUAGUAUGUUGCUGAAGAUCUCGGGAGUGUGGGAGAGCUGUGGAAGUAUCAGAAACAUCACAGACCUGCUGACAUUUGUUCCAGUGCCUUCACCAUAAUUUCCCUGCAAUUUAACUAACUACAGGCUGCCAAACAAAUUUGAGAAAGGAUUCCAGAUGAUGCAGCUUCGGAAAAAGGAGUGGCUUUUGUUGUGCUGGAGGCCUUUCAUUCUAUUUCUCAUUAGAGGCAAAGCUAGUCAUGAUGGUGGCAGGCUGUGUACUUAAACCCAGAUCUGUCCCAGUCAUGUAGAAAAUGAGAGUCUGGUAUUAAGUGAAAAAGGAUAACAUGGGCUGAGAGAUGCUAAAACUUUUUCUCCCACUGCCCCAUAGCUUAUUAUCCACCAACCCUACCAGCAGUGUGAUUGGGACAGAUGCAGGCUUAAACAUCUCUGUUUACACAUCUUUUCUCCUUAUGUCUAGCUUGGCUCUGAGGAAUCUAAAUUCCUUUUUAAAAGAUGCAACAAAUGAAAGAAGCUGGAAGCAGAACACCAUUUGUCAGCGAAGAGGCAGCGCCUGUAAAAAGUGGAACAUUCUAUAAAAAGUAUAUUACACUUGAGUAUACUAUUAUUCGCAUAUUCAUGUGUCUCUUCUCUUUGUCUCCAGUACACUCUCCUCAGAAAGAACAUCAUCAAAUAAAAGUCUGCCCUGGAACUUCCUAAUACUCAUGGAUGUGGGGAGUAUAAAAUGCUGUCUAUAAGUGCAUCCACACUAUUUCCUAUGGAAAAGAGGGCAUCUUUAUUACAUUCUCAUCAACUGUUGCUCUCCUGUGUUUCAUCAGUCUACCCAGAAAAUUAGACUCCUGUGGAAGCAACAGCACAGCACUGCAAUAUCCAAUAUUUCCCAUCUGUGUUAAGAGGCAUGUAAAGUGGCCUUGAUGUGUUAGUGAUAUUAUUUCUUUGUUAUUCCAUUUAUAUCUCAUCUUUCCUCCCUCAAAGUAGUGUACAUUGUUAUCUACCUCCCCAUUUUAUCCUCAUAACAAUCCUGUGAGGUAGGUGUGACUGGCCCAAGGUCACACAGUAAGCUUCAUUGGUGAGUAGGGAUUUGAACCCCAGUCUCCUAGGUCCCAGUCUAGCACUAAUUUCACCUAUUACCUUUCUGGUUGGGGCCAUUUCAUUUGCACAGCUUUUUGGCAAUAUUUAAUUUGUAUUUUUGACUACUUAAAAAAAAAAAAAGAAAUUGAGCAACAGCACACAAAUGAAAAAAUGUCUUAACUCAAAUGUACAAAAUGAUUUUUAAAAGCCCAAACUGCCGUUUCAGUCUGUGCCAUUUUAUCACUGUGUUUAUUAUUAUUUUUCCAUUUUACCCUUUUCAUCUACUUUUUAACAUAACUGAAGUAAUUGUGCAGUGUCCCUGAAAUGGAAAAAGUGCUUUGGUAUGAAUUUUUUUAAUGUUUGGAAACAGAUAAUCAAAAAAUGCUGUGCUCAGGUGAAUUGCCCCUUCCCUGCCCAUAAAGCUGCAUCACACUUAGUAGUGUAGAUGAAACACACAACACUUUUUACCUAAAAAUGUGAAAAGUCAAUUGCAAUUCUGCAUAUAUCUAACAGUGGGAGGACUACUGGGUAGCGUUAAGAGCCACCAGUUAGGAAGUACCCCAUAUGAGAAGCGCAGUUUGUGUGUGCGUAUGUUUUUAGGAUUGCAGUCCAAGUAUCUUAUUGUUAGCUGCUUGCUUAGGAUGAAUAACAGUUCUGGGCAAAUUGCCUGUCAGAGUCACCACUCAAUGUAUAUGUGCAUAGAUGGGCUGGUAUAUAUUUUUUAAUACUUGCAAAAAUGCCAUGAGUAUAGAUUGUAGGCGGGGUUUUUUAUAUAUGUUGUCUCUUCAGCUUUGUAAUGCAGCUUUCCCCAACUUGGUAUCCACCAGAUGUAUUAGACUGCAACUCAACCAUCCAGGAACAAAGGCAAUGCUGGGUGGAGCUGAUGGGAGUUGUAGUGACAAACUUCUGGAGAGUAGCUCUAGCUCUAGCAGCAUGAUCUAAGCAUGCUGUAGGGAUUAUGCAGGUGCUGGGAGGCCAAAAUCUCACUGCAACACAUCUGAAUUCAUCCUAGAAGGGGAAACUACCAGCUGUCUAGUCACUCACUACUGUAUUGAGAUGAACCUACCUGAUCCAUUAGAUCAGUAACAGGCUUUGCUUUCCGGCUUACUGUUAGUGAAGACCAGAUUGGUGGGCAACAGGGCCUUUUCAGAUGUGGCUCUGCAACUGUAGCUUUCUCUUUUUAUAAAUUAUAAAUUAUUUUUGGCCAACUCUUGCAUGAUGAUGCUGGUGCCCUUUUUUGUUUGCCUUACCGUGUUCCAUCAGUUGUCAGUUUGGGGACAUCAGGUGUGUGGAAUAACCCAAGAUAGGACUACCUAACACCCUUUAACCUUGCUCACCCCAAUGCAGUUGCAGCAUCUACUCCCUUCCUGCACUCUCCUCUGCACUUUUUAGGUAGGCCCCCUUGCUAUUCUCUUCUCCCCCCACCUCCUUGAUCUCCAAGUGCUGAAUUUCAAGUCAGAAGUCCAAGCUGGCCUAGAAACCACACCGAUUAAUCGAAUUAGCCCUUGAUGCUGGUGGCCGCGGUUCACUCAGAGAUUUGGGAUGGAGGGGCACACGCUCAGAGUCGCCAGCACCCAGAAACAAGUCCUGGGGCUGAGACCUCCGAAGCCUUCCCCUUCACCUCCCUCGGCCUUCCGCUUCCCUGUUACUACUCCUCUCGCUCUUUCACCCACCUUCCCUUCAGGGGGAGAGAGCAGCAGCAGCAGCAGCAGCCCUGCUUCUGGUGGCGGGUUCGGAUCCUGCGGGCGAUUUCCCAAGCUGCACCGCGGCGGCGCUCUCGCUCGCUCGCUCUCUCUCUCGGCCCGUCGCUGUCACCGCCAGUAGGAGGCUGAGGCGGCUGCGCUUUCCCCGACCGGCCUGCCGCCCGCCGCCGCUGCAGCAGCUUCUUGCAGGAAGGGAGCCAUCGCUGCUGCUGCUGCUUGCUGCUGCCGCCGCCAUCAUGGUGCCCGGGGCAGGAGCCGGAGCCGCGGCCUGGGGGCUCUGAGCCCCCCAUCACCUCUUCUUCCCCCGCCGCCCUCGCCUUCCUCUGCCACCGUCGUCGUCAUCGCGCCGCCGCCCUACUCUUUCCCCAGCUUCGGGCCGCCGGUAAGAAUCCAGCCGCGGAGGGGACGGGAGGCGGGCCCGGGCUCCUUGGUGGGGCCUCGUCGCCUGAGCUCUGUGGCGGCCCCGCCAGGGAGGGGCGGGCGGGCGGAGGGAGACGCUUCGGGCCUGGAGCGGGUGGGUGGGUGGCGGUGCGAAGUGCGUGAGGCGAAAGGGGGCUGAGGGGAGGGGAGAGUCCGGGCUCCGUCGUGUCCCCCCCCCCCGCCUCCUUUCCAGAUCCCGCUUGCACGGGGCCUUGCAACUGCUCGCCAGGAGGAGAGCUGGGAUCUCGGGCGAGCGAGCGAGCAGGCCUCGCUGGGGCUCCGGUAGCCCUCCGAGCCCUUCGUAGGUCAGCAAAGGCAAAGGCAAAGGAGACAAGAUAUAGGCAAACAAAGGAGGAAGGGGGUUAUGGGGGGAACGGGGGGGCGGGCAGAUCUCCCCCGGGAGGCUUCCCAACCCCCCUCUUCUUCUUCUUCUUCUUCUUUUUCUUCUUCCAAGGUGGCCUCCUUAAAAAUAAAAAAAAGGAGAAGAGAGCCUGGCAGACAAAGGGACUUGCAGGGAUGACCGAUCUACAGAAAUGCACAUUCCUAAACCUUUGGCCCACAGUGAUUUCUUCCUCUCCCCUCUUUGCAGUUUUUAUAACCUUGAGGGUUGUUGUUGUUUUUUUAAAAAAUAAGUCACAUAGGCUACCCUUCAGAUGCUUGACACUGGGACAGUCAUGACUACAAAGGAUGACCCCCUUGCCAUCAGCCCCUUGAACUACCUAACCCUGCGAUUGACAGCCUGAUACAGAAGUGGCCAGCCCCAACUCUGGUUGCUUCCUGUUCCAGCAAGGGAUCCCUAGGAUUCCUGAAGACAGCCGGGCAAACAUUAAAGACAAAGGGAUUGACAGAUCCCUAUGAACAGGCAUCUUCAACACCUAACAGGCAAUUUUGUCCUGCUCUGAGUGUUGCAUUUUGAUAUAGAUGGGUAGGUAAAUCUUCUGCAGGAUUUCCCCCUUCCUCUUUCAGAAUUGUUGCCGCAAGAGUAAGUCUCACAGAGACCCACAUGCCCUGAUUCUGAAGAGCCUGUAAAUAGAUAUGCAGAACAGAGAUAUCUAGCUUCUUUUUCCUGUUCAGCAGGGGACUCCAGUCUCCUUAGAGACAGACUGUCAGAAACAUAGAUUAUGGCUGCAGGCUUGUGCACACUUACAUGAGAGUAAAUGCCAUUAAUCUCAGUGGAAUUUACUUCUGAGUAAGUAGAGCAUCAGGCUGCACAAGACUGUCAGAAUGUGAACUGCAUCAGUUUCCAGAUGCAGAGCAAUCUUAAACCUUCCUUCCCUCGCUUCCAGUACAGGGCCAAAUACAUUUCUUUUUCAGGUACUGAAUUACGGAACUGAGACAUGCACGCACAUACUGUCUACUUCCUACAACUACUGUUUGGAUACAUAACUUAGCCUAGCUCAUACUCCUAUGUGAUAAGGAUUUUGCAGUAUACUGUUGGGCUCAUUUAUUUAUAAAUAGUUGUAUAUUAAAGUACAUACCUUGUCAUAAGGAGAGCAUUGCUAAGUGGGCACCAAGGAGUAUUUACUAAGAGUCAAGCUCAGCAUGAAUAGGAAGAUAAAACUGGGGUGCCACUAUGGACCCAGAAAUACACUUACUUCUAAGCUAUAGAGAUACUUGAUCAUCAUCUACACACUUCCUGCUUCUUCUAGCAUUGUGUAUUUCUCCUUGGGAGUUCAUUUGGAAUGAUUUCAGUAGAGAUGCAUGAAUGGAAGAUCUUGCAUUGGAAUUGGUCACCACUAUGAAUUUCUGAGGAAAAGUUUGUCAGCAGUAGUUCUGGCUAUCUGUCCAGAGAUUGUCUCUAAAAAUUUGUGUGAUUGAACAAUUCCAACCCAGAGGUUUUUAUAUUUAUGCUUGUAUGGGACUAAUUUCAAAGUGUUCUCAUAAAGAAAUGCAUUGAAAAUGGCCAACUCAAUUGUUGCUAAAACUUGGCCCAAAUACAUUUGCUUUCUUUCAGAAAUGGUUGUGGAAAGGUCAGAAACAUUCAGAUCCAGACUUAAAUGGUGGACUACAUAAAUAUAAUUGUAAUCCAAUAUCUGAAAGCAGUAUUGCCAGAUCUGUGGCUAUCUGCUACCUACCACAAUUGAAUCCACUAUCCCAUUCCCUCUUUAGUCUGGUUACAUUCCAUGUAAACAAUAUUUUGGAGUAAGUGCUUGUGGGGCAUAAGAGAGAUCAUCAAAGCUUUCAUUUACAAGUUGAGACACUUAUACUGUAGAUGAAAAUUCAGUUUUAGAUUUAAAGUUUUCCUAAAAUGUAAGAUUGUAUUCAUUUUCAACAUAUCAAUGGGGCUAAAAUAUGUGAAUUCAAUAGAUAGUUCCGUUUCAAGACAAUUUUUGUGAGGCCUUCUUGCUCUGUGUCAUUUUUAGAAGAUUGGGGUCCAGUUAUGUUGGAUAACAUUCCACCAUGUUUUUUAUAAGUGUCUACAAAAAAGAGAGAGACCUUUAUAGAGUUUUAAAGGUACAAUAUCCUUUCUGUUGGUUAUCUUUGUUAUGUAACUAGUAUUUUCUAGGUUAACUGUUGUUAAUAGUUUGAAGGACCUUAGUCUUUUUGGAUUUUAAUCUUCAAUAACAAUUGCUUUUUGUGGGACAGAUAAAUGUUGAACUGUCGGUAGUGAUUUGGGAAAAGGCUUUCUUCCUUUUCAGAAUAGAGAGUUGGGAGAGCUUAUUUUUUUACACAAAUGCUGGCUGCGGUUCUGCCAGAGUUAUCCACAAAUAGGUUCCUCAGACUUCAGUAGGACUGGCAGAUGUGCAACUUUGUGCAGGGUUGUAGCCUUGAUAUUUACUUAACUUUGAGAAGGGUUCAUUCAGGCUGGGGCUUCUAUUAAAAUCUGUAUGCAGAACUAGUUUACCAGUAUUGAACAAACACUUGUGGCUGGCUAUUUAUUAUAACACAUCUUGCCCUGAAUGUGAAAAUGUGAGGCAGUGCUUUUGUUUGUUUUUGUUAAACAUAGUUUUUGUCUUUGCAAGAAAACUGGGGUUUUCGCCUGUGACCAUAUAUGAUAGAUAACCGUUAAAAAGAUAGAGGACUAUGUCCAAUGUUGGUCCUGUUCAGAGUAAACCCUUGGAUUGACAUUGCUAACUUAGGUCCAUUUACUUCAGUGGUUGUACUCUUAAAUAUAAUGUACUUGGAUACAGUCCAAAGUAACACGUUUUUGAUAAAUUAUAUACAUUUAAACUGAUACCUCUUCAAGUCAUGUCUAAGUGAUUAGAGGAACAAUUAGGUAAUGUAAUUACUGCUAAAGUUUCAUAAACUGGGGUUUUGCUUAGGGUUUUUCUGUAAAUAAUCUCUUUAUCAUUCUGACUGCUUUGGUCUAUGUAGCAGUAGAUCAGAUGAUGAUAGAAGGACACCCUUUUAAGAGCUCUCAUAAUUCUGCCAUUUGAAUACAACUUAAUAGAGAAUUGAAAAAUACUGAACUUUACUUCUCUCUUUUCAUGUAUUGGAGAUGAUUAUUGGAUGCUUCAGAAUAAUAUCUGAAGAAGAAGAAAACCUCAACUACAAAUGUAGAGUUGGGAUGUUAUUUCUUUCUUUCACAAAAGGAUUCUCUAAUUUAAGAUCAGUUGCAAACCUUUCAGAAGACAGGUUUUUCCUCCAACCAGCUAUGGUAAUGCUAGGAUUCCAUUAUUAUUAUUAUUAUUUUUGUAUAAGCACCUAAUCAUUCUUUAGAAUUCAGUCAAAGCCUGCAAGGAAUGAAAGUUAAUAUUUAGACUAUUAUUUAAAGAGUAUCCUGCACACCGCUGGGUAAAGAAAAAGUCUGAGGUGAUAUCCAUUGUGACAAAAGCGGUUCAUUCCUUCUUCUUUUCCCACCUUGAAAGCACCUGCACCCUGCAAUAUGCUCAGGGGGUUCCCCAACUCACAGGAGUGUAUUUGCAAGGUGCACAGGGAGCUGCGGGGCGGCGGGGGGGGGGAGAGAAAGGGAAGUCCCACUGCAUGUUGACAUCAUUGGAUGUUCACCAUGGCCCCUCCACUGAGAAACCAUAUAGAAAGUCAUAAGCAUGCAACAGGUGCAUGGGAAAAAUGGUUUGACACAGGUAUGUUGGAACACUAUGCAUUUUUUAAAUAGGAAUAUUGCCAUUAAAACCUUAGUUUGCAAGGGGUGAUGUUGUGCAAUUUGGAAACUGCUCAGCCUACUUGGUUUGAAGAGAUUAUACUUUACUAGGGUCAAAGAGUUGUCAAGCCAUCAAGAAUUUGGUUACAGCAAAUAAAACAACUAAAAGCUGCUAGGCCUUGUUAUACCAACUAUAUUAUUAAAUGGAUCACAUAUCAUUAUAGCACUCUAGUGCAAUAUUUUAUUUUUUGAGCAGUUUCACAUUUGCACCGAUUUUUGAAUUUUGCAAAGCAUUGCAUUUGAUUGGCCAGUUUCAAUGAAAUGUUAUCAACAGGUGUUGCUAACUUGUGGGCUGUAUGCAGGCUCCCAAUAGGGUUUUUUGACCCUCCCAUAAUUUGCAGUUUAAUUUUUUAAAAAACUCUCCUGUGGAUCCUUGCUGUGAUGUGUCAAGAGGUUUAUUGUGGUCCUCCAAAGUUAACAUUUUUUUUAAAUUUCCCCCCAAAAAACAUGUUUUAAACUGACUGCUCCUGUGAUACUGUAAUGCCAGAAGGUUUCAUGACCUCUCAAAAAUUUGUCCCAAAUUCCUCCCCCCAUCACUCCCACAGCCCCCCUGCUGUGAUUGCAUGGUAUGAAAAGUAUUUUUUUCUGACCCCCAGGAGCCUCCAGAAGGUGUCCUUAAAAAGGGGGAGGCUCACUUCCUUUUACAGUUCACCCACACUCACUUUUUCACUUUGGCCACAUUCACUUUGACAUUUGGUCUCCAUGGAUUAGUGUGGCCCUCAGCCUAAAAAUGGUUAAACACCCAGGUUCACAACAUUACUUUAUUUUUGCCUUUUAAAAAAAAUGUAACAUAUAGUUUAAUUUUCCUUGGAUGAUACUCAUUUUUAAAAGAUACCACAAACAAUGCACCUAGGCUGCUAAUAUUAAAAAUGGCAUAUGGUGAUAACAGUACUCUUUAAACGUUAGAAUUGCAGAAUUUGAUGUGAUGGAAGAUAGUAAUUUUGGUAAAAUGUAGGACCACCACCCAUUCAUCAGCAACCUGAGGACCCCAUCAGUCCAGGUGGAAGUAUUUUGUAGAGACCAUGUUGUAGAACUGCUGAUUCCACAUGACUCAAGCAAGAAACCCAAGUCAACUUAAUGAUGAGAACUUUGGAAGUACAGGUAAUAAAUAUCCUGGCCCUCCUUUCUUUUUGUUAGCCAAGGCAAUCAGACUUUCUAAUGGGUGCUUACCUGCUUUAAAGGUGUUGCACACAACUUUUAUAUAAAAGACCAAAUACACAAAUAGUAUCUGUGUGGGAGAAACCCACUUAUCCUUAAAAUAGCAAAUGAGCUCACAGAAGAAUGAUUAUACUCUAGAACACCAAAGAUACACACUUUUCUCAAAGUAUCUACUCCAUCUGUAGUCUUUUGGCUGUUAUCCAACAGAGAAAGUCUUAUAAAAUGUAUAAUCUUACUGGAAGCCCCUGCCCAGAUCAUUAGUACUGCUAUUUGUCUUGGUUGUUAUUUAUUUGAGUUAAUGCCGCAACCUAUGAAAUCUGAAGAGGUUUACAAAAGCGAAAUGCAACAGGCAAGCUGGAGGCUUCAAUGGGACUUUGCACCUGAUCAAAUGAGCUGUUCUUUGAGCAUGGUAGCUUACACAAUUGUUUCCAGUACAACUGCCCAAUUGACCCCUGACUUGCUGCUGUUGUUCCUUUACCAGUGCUCCACUUGUCGCUCCUGCACAGGAGAUACCCAGCGUUGCAGCAGUGGAUGUGUGUUUCCCUCCUCCCCAAAAUAGUCUGCCCCAUUUAGUCUGCCCCAGAACAGAUUUUGGGGGUGUGCGGGGAGCUGCAGGGGGGAAAGGGAGGAGGAGGGGAGCCCCAUUGUGCAAACAGAAUAUCGUUGUGCAAGCAGGCUGACACCUUGGAUGCUGUCCCAGGAAUUAAUAUGCACAAGUUUCUGAAAUGGGAUUAUUGCAUGCAUCUAUAUUGGAAUUGCUUUUAGCUGUUUAAUUGUUUUUGUUUGUUUGUUUGUUUGUGUGUUUGCUGUCCUGGCCCUUUUUGGGAGGAAGUGUGGCUAUAAAUUUAUUAUUAUUAUUAUUAUUAUUAUUAUUUAUACCCCGCCCAUCUGGCUGGGUUUCCCUAGCCACUCUGGGCGGCUUCCAACAAAACACUGAAAUACAAUAACCUAUUAAACAUUAAAAGCUUCCCUAAACAGGGCUGCCUUCAGAUGUCUUCUAAAAGUUUGGUAGUUAUUUUUCUCUUUGACAUCUGAUGAGAGGGCAUUCCACAGGGCGGGUGCCACUACCGAGAAGGCCCUCUGCCUGGUUCCCUGUAACUUGGCUUCUCGUAGCGAGGGAACCGCCAGAAGGCCCUUGGCACUGGACCUCAGUGUCCGAGGCAGAACGAUGGAGGUGGAGACGCUCCUUCAGGUAUACUGGACCGAGGCCGUUUAGGGCUUUAAAGGUCAGCACCAACACUUUGAAUUGUGCUUGGAAACGUACUGGGAGCCAGUGUAGGUCUUUCAAGACCGGUGUUAUAUGGUCUCGGCGGCCGCUCCCAGUCACUAGUCUAGCUGCCGCAUUCUGGAUUAGUUGUAGUUUCCGGAUCACCUUCAAAGGUAGCCCCACAUAGAGCACCUUGCAGUAGUCCAAGCGAGAGAUAACCAGAGCAUGCACCACUCUGGCGAGGCAGUCUGCGGGCAGGUAGGGUCUCAGCCUGCAUACCGGAUGGAGCUGAUAAACAGCUGCCCUGGUCACAGAAUUAACCUGUGCCUCCAUGGACAGCUGUGAGUCCAGAAUGACUCCCAGGCUCCGCACCUGGUCCUUCAGGGGCACAGUUACCCCAUUCAGGACCAGGGAGUCCUCCACACCCGCCCACCUCCUGUCCCCCCAAAACAGUACUUCUGUCUUGUCAGGAGUCAGCCUCAAUCUGUUAGCCACCAUCCAUCUUCCAACCUCCUCCAGACACUCACAGAGGACCUUCACCGCCUUCACUGGUUCCAAUUUGAAAGAGAGGUAGAGCUGGGUAUCAUCCGCAUACUGAUGAACACCCAGCCCAAACCCCCUGAUGAUCUCUCCCAGCGGCUGCAUGUAGAUGUUGAAAAGCAUGGGGGAGAGGACAGAACCCUGAGGCACCCCACAAGUGAGAGCCCAGGGGUCUGAACACUCAUCCCCCCCACCACUUUCUGAACACGGCCCAGGAGGAAGGAGCGGAACCACUGUAUAACAGUGCCCCCAGCUCCCAGCCCCCUAAGACGGUCCAGAAGGAAGUUAUGGUCGAUGGUGUCAAAAGCCGCUGAGAGAUCCAGCAGAACUAGGAAACAACUCUCACCUUUGUCCCUAGCCCGCUGGAGAUCAUCGACCAGUGCUACCAAAUUUAAUAAAUAAUAAUAAUAAUAAUGAGAACUGUCAGAUGAGUAUGGAGUCCUUGCUUUCAAUUCUAGUCAAUGGAUUAGCCCAUGGUCAAAUGUUCCCUUAAGGCAAAAAUGCCCAGUGCAGUUGAUAAUUUAACUGUCUGUUGCAUUGCGAUGUCACUGGAUAGAAAAAAACAGGGCUAAAUACUCCUCAUCCCGUUCUCCUUGCACAUAGCAUUAAGUAAGCCAGUUUUAAAUCAAUAGCACAACAUGAACAAAGAGAAAUAAUAAUUUUAUAUUUUAGAGUAAUAAUGUUGGGAACAUUACAGCACAGAUAGCCAACAUGGUGCCCUACAGAUGUUUGUUAAUUUAUCAAGAAAAAAAUCUUUAAUUGCUUUAUAUUGAAAAUGAUUCAAAGCAGAAAUACAAUAUAUUCACAAUCAAAAAGAGACAUUUAAAAGCCUUUUUGUGUGUGGAUUACAUAGUCCCCAUUUCACCAAACAACAUGACCAAUGGUCAGGGUGAUGGGAAUUGUAAUUCAGCAACAUCUGGAGGGUACUGUGCUGGCUAGCUCUGCAUUACAGAUUCAACACAUGCAAAUCUGCAGAGCUCCAGUCUUUUUGUUGCAGAAUACAAGCUAUGAUAUUGUGGUUCCAUCACUCAGCUCUGAAUGGCUGCAUCUAACCAUUUGAAAGACACUGAUCUUGUUGAACUUUCUGCUUCACUAAUGCUGUGGAGUUAAAUGGCAUUGCUUCAGUCUUCGAAUUUGCUCAUGCCACAGGAGAAAUUCUCCAAGUGGCAGCUCAAUUCUGUUCCCUGUUGUUGCUGUGACAGCAAAGUUUUGUGCCACAAAAUCUGUGGUGGCAUGCAGAGCAGAGUAAGGGAACAGUCCUCUGCUUCGAGUUCCUUGCUGGCACAAGGAUGUACCGGUGUUAGGAAAUGUCUUUGCAGGGACCUCUCUUUCCAUCUUGAAAACCUCAUUGCACAGUGCUUCUGUGAUGUGAAGGGGAUUUUUUCCUCUGCUUGAGUGGUAAUGCCAAUGGCUUUUAGUGCUUUUCCAGAGUGCGAGUCUAGCUCCUGGUCAGCAAGUGGAACUAGCAUUCACUCUUCUUUCCAGUUGUCUCUACGCACAGAGUAUCAGACUCUUAGAAGCAUCAGUGAUCCCAUUCUCUUUGGCAGUUACAGUUUUAAGGGUGUGUUGAUUUCUUUUGUUGAAACGCAUAUUACCUCUAAAGCUUCCUGUACCUUACAAACUCAGUCUCACUUUCACGUGUACCAUUCCAGUCUUUAAGAUGCACAUCUGCCAAGGUGAAACAAAAGGACAUGUAGAGAGGUUAUCUUAGUGGCUGCCCCAAAAUGGUGAUACUCUCCUCCUUAGAGGCUCACAAGAUUUCAAGUCUACAGCAUUUUCCUUACUUAGUCUGACUUUCAAUGCCCUAAGUCAAAAAGAUAUGGGGCAAUAGUGACUUUUUCUAUUUAAUGUUUCAUUAUUCCCAAGCUUUCAAAAGGCAGGUUUGAAAUGGAAAUAAAUUAAUUAAUAAUGUUUAUACAGUUUAAUGUUGUAUAAAUAUGCUAAACUAACAAGUAACAGUUGCAAUUUAUGACUCUGUUUCCAUUUGCCUUUCUUUCUUGCUUUGCAUUUCAAGUGAUUUAAUUCUAUAGAAAUCAAUAGGACCAAAUCAAUUUAAAACAUAGUGUCAUGGUUUAAUGAAGAUGUAUUUUGGUAUAAAACCAAGUUCUCUAUAAGUUCUCUAUUUAUCAUUACUUUAUUCUUUCAUUGAGCAACAUACCUUUUUAAUACAGGUCUUUAAAACAUGGACUGGCCAACUUUGAGAAAUGGCUGGGACCACCCACCUGCCAGUUUCCUGAUAUCAUAAUGACAUCAGUUCAAUGAUAUCUCUUAAAGUUCAAAGGAGGUUGCUGCUACCUCUGAUCAGCUGCUGGGAAGUUAGAGGGAGCCCCUGUGGAGUCUCUGCAGAAGUGGAAAUGCUCCUAAGAUAAAACAGUACGGUAUAGGAAUUUUACUGACAUACUAUUAAAAAAUCUUACAUGUAAUAGAAGAACUUUCUUACUCUUUUAUUACAGUGCUAAUUUUUUAUUUUUUAUUGUAAAGAUCAAGAAAACUGACUGGAAGAUAUUCUUGCCUAUAAUUUUGUGCACUUGAAGCUCAGUGUAUACAGAGAUUGAUCAUUCUCUUGAAACUUCUUCUUUGGUGAUCACUCGUAGCCGAGUAAGAUUGUCUUCCAUUACCAUGGUCUUAACAGUGAGUCCGUAAGUGAUUGUGGAGGCCAAUCCUGGAUCCAUACGUCCUUUCACAGUGGGGAAGAAGAAGAAGACUGCUUUGUCCAGCUUUCAGUAGAACGUCUUGAGGCAUGUUCUACAGAAAAUAUCUGAUACCAUUUUUAUGAGGGAACUUCAAAAUAUAGACUCAGCCCCACAGCAGUAUUGCUGCCAUUGGUGGCCUGUUUUACCAAUAAAUAUAGUUCCAUUGAUAUCCAAAGAACUACCAGUAAAUAUAAUACUAUUACCUAUUGUAGCAAAUAAAGUACCUAUUUGAAUGAAGGAUUCUAGUGCUGAAUACUUUCUCAUCAGUGCUGCACAGGAUCAAAAACUGAAAACUUUACAUAUGGCAGUAUUACUUUACUGAUAUUUUUUGAUGUAAUCAGAAAUGUUAAAUAGAAGGAAUUAUAGCUUCAGAUGGAGACUCCCAAUAACCUAUUAGGCAUAUUACUGCUGCAUAUUAUUGGAGGAAAGGGAGAAAAAAAAUCUGGCUGGUAUACCUCCGGGUAUAGGGCGGUAUAUAAAUUCUAAUAACAAUAACAAUAAAUAAAGUAAUAAUGAGUAAAACAUAUAAACACAUAUUUGUUUGUUAAUUACACUUUCCAAGUGUUGUUUUGAAAAAACAAACAUAUGCAUUUAUGUUUUGACCAGUAAGAAUGAUAUAAUGAGAGAAAAUUUUCCUGCCUGCUAUUACCAGUAACUCUUUUGGGGUUUUGAACAAGAUAGGGAGUUAUGUCCCAGCUCAGAGCAGAGGUUUUUAUACUUGAGCAGUAUGUUUACCAUUGCUGUGAAAGGCUAUACAACUGGAUUCACUUGCAAAAGAUGUGAACAGGCUUUUCGCAUGAAAGACAAGACCAGUCCUUUUUUUGGGGGGUACUCAAGGGUAUGCAGUACUGGCAGCCCACCCAACGUUAAAAGUGUGGCACUUACUGUAACAACUUCAUGGUGAGUACCAACACCUUUUUUUCUUCUUUUAAAAGGCACUGGACAAAACUAGAGUAGUAAUGUGUACUGAUGCAUUUAGAUUCUGUGGCUGGGGCAGAGGUUUUUGUUAUCGUAUGUGGUGGAUAAUGAUAUGGCAGUAUCGUAAGCAAUUAUUGAUAUGACGCUACGUAUACUCAUCCAGCACUGGAUAAUGACGCAGUUACAUGACUGUAUAUGCAGCUGUCUUAUGCUGAGUCAGAACAUUAGGGCAUCUUGCCUUGUUGUUGUUGUUUAGUCGUCUAGUCGUGUCCGACUCUUCGUGACCCCAUGGACCAGAGCACGCCAGGCACUCCUGUCUUCCACUGCCUCCUGCAGUUUGGUCAAACUCAUGUUGGUAGCUUCAAGAACACUGUCCAACCAUCUUCCUCUGCCGUCCCCUUCUCCUUGUGCCCUCCAUCUUUCCCAACAUCAGGGUCUUUUCCAGCGAGUCUUCUCUUCUCAUGAAGAGAAAGUAUUGGCCAAAGUAUUGGAGCCUCAUCUUCAGGAUCUGUCCUUCCAGUGAGCACUCAGGGCUGAUUUUCUUCACAAUGGAGGCAUCUUGCCUAGCAGUGCCAAUCCUUCAGAAAAAUCUCACAUUCUCAAAACUGGGUGAUGAGGAUCACAAGAAGAUAUGAAACGACCUUAUAAAAAAUCCAACCGUUUCAUCAUCUUGCCCUGUGGUAUAUAUUCUGUCCAACAACAGCUCUUCAAGGUUGCACGCUGAGACUUUUCCCAGCCAAGAUCCAUUUUUAACAGAUAAUGACUGAGCCUGGGACCUUCUCCCUGCAAGGCUUGUGCUGCUAUUGCUGAGCUAUGAUAUCUCUGUGAUUCUUAAAACCUUGUCAGAUAAGUGGCCUGCUAUAUUGUUUCAUUGUACUGGUAGACUAGAAUUGAUCAUUCCUGACAAUGUUUCUGUUUGGGGCUAUUAUUAAUCUGAACGUUACUUUUAAAGAAUCGGAUCUAGUGGUAAAGAAUUAUUUCUUGCCUUGCAACCUAAUUUGUUGCUUUGUAGAUCUUUGCCCAAGCUGGAACAGGACAGGCUGGUCUCCUUUGCGUUGUUUGGUACUCUGGUUACCAGUUUGGUCUGAAGUGUUUGGUCCUUCAACCAUUCAUAAUAACAAGCUGAGGAAAUACGCAUACAAAACCUGUGUAUUCACAUUGAAUCCCGGACUGGGUGAUGAGAGUCAUCUUGCCCUGCAGUAUAUAUGUGUGUCUGAAUUACUUUUAAUUAUGUAUCUGAUUUAUUCAUAAGAUAAUUUCUAACUCAUUCUUCCUCACAGGGGAGGUCACAAUAAAAUAACACUUCAGUGAAACCAAUUCACUUUUUAAAAGCAAAUAAAAAUACAGCAUGUCUUAAGAAACACCCAGAGAGGCACCACUUGGGCUCCUCACUGUCAAUGACAAUUCCCUGAUGGGUUGUAUCCAAUUGUGCCCCUCUGCUGAUUGAAGGCUCUUUGUUCCUGUGGAGCUGCUAAGAGCUGAUUUGCCACUCUCCAUCUGUAGUAUCCCUUGCCCUCCGCUGGAAAUCUGCAGGAGAAAGGGGGAAAUUUCUAAAAUCACUUGCCCUCAUGGAAUCUCUGCUGGAUCAAGGAGCCCUCCAUCAACAGAGGGACAAAAUUGGACACAACCUUAUGUCUAAAUAGGUCAAGGGCCAAUGAUUAUGCUUCAGCACUAUACAGUGGUACCUCGGGUUAAGUACUUAAUUUGUUCCGGAGGUCCGUUCUUAACCUGAAACUGUUCUUAACCUGAAGCACCACUUUAGCUAAUGGGGCCUCUUGCUGCCGCCGCACUGCCAGAGCCCGAUUUCUGUUCUUAUCCUGAAGCAAAGUUCUUAACCUGAAGCACUAUUUCUGGGUUAGCGGAGUGUGUAACCUGAAGCGUAUGUAACCUGAAGCAUAUGUAACCCUAGGUACCACUGUAAAUCCUUUUCUUUGAUGUUUUCAGUUCUAUGGUUGUACAAAAUAUCAAUUUCUCCUGAUACUUCCUGCUUCCUUUCCUUUUGUAGAAUCAUCAACAUGAUCUUAAAUGGAUACUGGAAAAUCUUUUGAUAUGUGACUUUCAAAACACUCAUAUAUCUGUAGCUUUUGAAUUGAAUCUAAUGGUUUUUAUAUUUUCCAUAAAUAGCCAUAAUUCAUUGUAAAAAAUGGUGUGAGAUGCAUUGCAACUAGAUGCAGUGCAGUAGAGUUGAUCAGUGUAGCAGAGCUUGAAACUAUGCAAGCACCAUGGGUCAAUUUGCAGGCAGCAGCAUGACUACUUAGGACAGGAAAAAACUAUUCAUUGCAUUUUCCACAGGUUUUUUUAUUUUAUUAUGGUAAGGAAAAUAUAUCAAAUUGGAUUCCAUCCUUUCUACUACCUAUCAAGACCUAGUAAAAUAUACUGGGGUUUUUUUAAAAGUAUGUAACUAUUCUGUUUGUGAGACUGAUAUAGGAUUUAAAGAAUUUGGGACAGUUGCUGAAUUGAUGAGCAUGCAUGUCCUAAAAAAAGUGAUAAUAUUUUUAGAAAACAAUAAACUGCAGGAUUACUUAAGUAAGUUAUAUAUAGUUUUUGAGAAGGAGGGAGAAGUCUUCUUUUAAGAGCCACUAUUUUGUUCCAGGGAGCAUAUUAACGUACCAGAGCUAGUACAUGGUGUAUAAUAUCAUGCAUUUUGUCAAGGGUCAGUUUGUUUUGGAAACACUUCCUUUUGUAGAUACAAUCCAAUUUUCCGGCUGACCUAUUGCAGAAUUCCAUUAUUUUUUAAGUUUCAGUGAAAUGUCUCUUUAAACAAAGCUGGUUUUUUUUCUUACCUAAAUACCGUAUUUUUUGCUCUAUAAGACUCACUUUUUCCCUCCUAAAAAGUAAGGGGAAAUGUGUGUGCGUCUUAUGGAGUGAAUGCAGGCUGCGCAGCUAUCCCAGAAGCCAGAACAGGAAGAGGGAUUGCUGCUUUCACUGCAUAGCGAUCCCUCUUGCUGUUCUGGCUUCUGAGAUUCAGAAUAUUUUUUUUCUUGUUUUCCUCCUCCAAAAACUAGGUGCGUCUUGUGGUCUGGUGCGUCUUAUAGAGCGAAAAAUACGGUAAUUUGCCUAUCACUUUGUCAAAGGUGCCUUCAGCUAUCUUUAUCUUUCAUCUUUUAAAUAUAUAAAUAAAUUUGAGGGGCCCGCAAUAAUGUUUUUUUAAAAAUCAAUUCCAGUUUGAAUUGUGUGGUCUUGCCUUUGCCAUCUGAAUGUACCUUUCUUGCAAGAGCAUUGCUGUAAAUUAUUGCUGGGAAAUAUAGUUGCUUUCCCGAUUUCCACCAUGUGUGUAGUCAAGCAUAAGGUGCUGGUGUACACUAGUAGCCAUCUUGGAUAGGCCCUCAUAAUCACUGGCAGUAUCCAUAAACAGAGGCAAUGCCUGACUUCUCAGACUUGGCAUUGAUGAACGCUUUACUAGAGUUUCAUGAAGUUUCUGACAAGGCUUGUGGUGAAGUUUCUGGCAAGGCUUGUGGUGAUAGGAAGGUGAGUUAGUGCUUAAAUUAGCAGCACAUUCUGCAUGAAGGUCUCUGCCUAACCCAGUAUUCUUAAAAACUGCUAGGGCCAAGGAAAUGGUUAGUAUGUAGUGACUUUUUUCAGAAAUGUAUUUAAGUGCAAUUCUCUCAUUGCCUGUCUAGUCCUUUAAUAAUUAAAGCAAUUAAACGGCAGCAAGGCAUAUUUUUCCAGCCUUUGACUGAUUCAGGAAAGGGCAGUUUCAAGAAAAUGUCAAUCUACAGACUCAUUUUCCAUAUAUAGUUAACAUAUGCAUCAUUUUAAAGAUAAUUUCCCAAAGUUUAAUUAUCUGGCAACGGUUUUCAAAAUAGCAUGUUACACAUGUGUAGAACAGAUUCUACAUAUGAGAAGUUUGACUUGCAAGCUGAUUCAGAAUUUAUCUAUUUUUAUCUAUCUAAUCUUCAUUUAAAGAUCUAUCCAAGAAAACAGAUAACAAUGUAAAGAUCCUUUACUGACAGUUUGUCUCAUUUGGUAAAUGAGAAGAAAUUUUGUUAGGAAUAAAAUCAGAUGAAUUAAGGAUGAUAAAGGUUGGUUUAGCAUGUUAUGUUGGUCACAAAAACACACCCCUCUCCCACAAAUGAAAAGAAAAAUCUAAGCGGACUUCUGCUCACCCAGUGAGACUUCAUGUCCUCCUUGUGGACUUUCCAUAGGCAUCAGGUUGACUGCUGUGAGAAGAGAAUGCCGGAGUAACUAGGCCUUGAGUGUGAUCCAGCAGAGCUCUCCCUUACGUGCUUAUGCUAUGUUUGUCCUUCGGGGCAUGGAAGAGGAGAGGAAAGGGAAGUUUCAGUGUGCAGCCAAAAGUCCUUGCACCAGCAGAAGCACCUUGUUAGCUACUGCCCCAUGUUUUGAAUCAAGGUACAGUUUGGAAAAUUUCAAGCUAAAAAAAUUUAAUGGUACAUCCAUCUUGCAAGCAUAAAUCUGUUUUUUUACCUGAACUGCUCCAGAUCCAAACCUAAGGAAGCAGUGAAUCUUUUGCACUCUAAAAUUCUAUUCCCAAUUUGGAAUUCCCCCCCCCCCCAAAAAAGUAUCAGAUUUUGAGACUUUAUGAGUAGUUGGCAUGUAUUUGUUGAGGGAUGCACUUCUUAUCCUUUUUCUAGGGAGAGAUUUACAAAUACCCUGUAUUCAGAUUUUUGUGAAAUUACUCUUAUUAUGGUGAUUCAUGUUUUUUUUUUUACAAACAAGUUAGAGUGACUCACAGUACCUUUAAAAUUAUAGAACAAAGUAUCACAAAAAACACAAAUAACCCAUAAAAAUAGUAAAAGUGUUCAUCAACAUGCCUUACAUUUCCCAUGUAUGUAUCCAUAAAUACCCAAUUAUUGUCAGUGAAGCUUGAGUGUGGGGCUGUGUUUUUAAACACUCUGCCUGUUAACUCUAUUGUAUCGUUUACUUUUUUUCUUUUAUUGUUUCAUUCUCUAAAAAUCGUUUUUCUUGUUCUGUUUGUAUUUUUUGAGGUGUAACUGUCUGCUUAUGUAACAAAAAUGAAAUAAAUGGUAAAUACUCUGCUAAUUGGUUUUUUGUUUUUGUAUUUGCAGGUUAAUUGCACUUAA